AUGCAUUACACAAGUGUCAAUGGCGGGAGCUCCAUCGGUCCUGAUACUAAGACUUCGAUACACGCCGUAUUGGAUUACGACAACGAUUUCGAUGAUUACUACGAUGACGAAGAUCACGACAUACCGAUAAACACGCAUGUCACGCCUAUCCAGGGUCCCAUCUUUCUAAAGAAUAACACCGUGCCUGUGAUACCAUUGUACUCAUAUCCCCAACUAAACAAUGGGACGUUUGUGCAGAUUCCGAUAUUAUGGACUGCACUUUCGAUAGUUUUGGGUGCUGAACUGAGAGGAGACUUGAUACGGGGCGCACCAUGUAUCAAGAGAUAUCAUCAAUUGUUCUGUCCGACUGCUGGCAACACAUAUCCAAUAGACCGCAUAGAACGUUUUAUUGACGAAAAUAAAGCGUUAAUGAAAAGAAUGUAUGGUGAUUUUGAGAUGAAUCCAGAGUCAAAUGAACGCGGGCCUCAUACUAAAACGCGAAGAAAAAGUAGAGAAGUGCGAAAGCAUGAUAUCCUGGACGGUAAAUCCAGAGAUGACUCACAUAUAGAAAGUGAAAUUGACAAAGAGUAUUUUAGUAAGAAUAGAAAUGCCAGACAAUCUUUUGGGAAAAAUCGCAGCACAGGCAGAAUUGACGUAUGUGAAUCAAAAAUUGAAAUUGUGACUCCUUAUUGGGCAAGCAACAGUGCAGGAAAAAUUCGUGCGAUCGUGAAUACUCAACAUUUCGAACAAGCGAUACAUCAAGAAGUGUGCUCAAAAACACAAACGAAUCGAUGCAGCAGUGACUGCGGAUGCGAGCAGAAGUACAAGUGGCACAGGUUGCUCGCGUACGAUCCUGAUAAUGACUGUAAGGGUAUAUUCAUGGACUGGUUCUUGUUUCCCUCUUGCUGCGUGUGUAGAUGCGAUCCUGUCAACAGUAGCAAGUUUUCUUCAUCUAAUGGUCGAAACUAAUUUAGAAAUUGACAUAGAGAUUGAGAUAGCUCGUAGUUCGAAAUUCGCCAUGGAAAUUCUGACUACUCAUUCAGCGUAUUUAAACAAUAAGGAUCUUUAACAUCCAAUAACCACUAAUAAGAAAUGUUUAAUAAUAGGUAUGCGUGUCGGCAAAUUUGAGCGAUCUAUCACCUCGAUUAAAAAUAUGAAGAUAUUUUAUAAUACUAAAAAAAUGCAUAAUCCCACACUUCUU